AUAAUCCUGUUGUAAAUCCGUUCGGCCUUCUUCUACCUUGCCGUGCUGUUGAGUAAUACUACAGAGUAUUGAGCAGAUAUCCGCUUUGUUCAUGGACAAAGUGGAGUUAGAAAGCAUACAUCAAAAGCCUUCCCAUCGCACUCGGAAUCUGUGACGUCGUGGCAAGCAUCAGAUGAUUAUUAGAACGUUGAGGCUUCCAAUAGCUGCAUAUGUUAUCCCUCCGUAUGGGCUCGGUGCUACUUCAGCACAUAAGUACCCCUCCAGCUUCUCGCCAUGCAGCGAAUCGUUUCUACACUUUUUUGAACAAGAAGAUACCUGUUACUUGCUCCAGAAAAUCCACAACGAGAUUCGUCGGGUCUCAAGCUCUGAACUUAACCAACCCAACCUCGCAAGUCCAGAUGCCAAACACAAGAGACGAUACAAGGAGCGAACCCAGGGAACCCACGGGUCUCAUCGCUCAAACCGGCAUUGAGCUGUUAACCCUUGGCACCCCCAAUGGCUACAAAGCCUCCAGUAUGUGUUUUCAAGAUUUACAGCCUUCUUCUGGUUGUUCUUGGGAACAAAGCCACCUACCAGAGUCCUUUGCUUGCAGUUAUGCUCUGGGUACUCGAUUGGAAACCCCUUCCUCAUCGCUCGGUACACGAAAGUGAUAACUACUAACUUUCACUACUUAGUCCUCCUCGAGGAGCUCAAAGAGGCAUACGGGAAAGAAUACACAUGGCAAAAGAUCAACAUCAUGAAAAACACUCAAAAGGAGCCUUGGUUCACGGCCAUAAAUCCCAAGUAGGCAAUCUAAUUAUAACCAAAACAU